UAUAUAUGAAUACAUCUUUUUGUAUAGCUAGUGGAAGAUUUAGACUAAACGUUUCCUUUCACGAUACCGAGAAUCUUUGAUUAAACAAAUAUAUUACGUGUUAAUUUUGGGUUAAUCAUAGCCCAUAAUUAUUCGCACCAAACGGACCAAAACAAAGAACAGAAUAAUCCCUCUUACCAAACACAUCUCUCCGCUUCUCUCUCUCUUACAUUCACGCGGAAUGUCCGGCAAAGACUCUGAACCAGAUCCCCCGGCGCCGACGCCGGAGUAUCAGCGUCUGCCGUCGCUUGACGAAAACGACGACGUCCCUUCAUACCUUGAAGCCUCCUCAAAACGACGACGCAUCAUCAUCACUGUAUUCCUGCUAAGCCUCGCUUCCGCCGUCGUCUACAUAUUCUGGCCGUCCGAUCCGAGAAUCCACAUCGAACGGCUGAGAAUAAGCCACGUGCGCAUCCGCCGCCGACCAGUACUCUCCGUCGACAUGUCCCUCCUCGUGACGCUUAAGGUGACCAACGCAGACGUGUACUCCUUCGGCUUCACCACCCUCCACGUGGCGGUAUCCUACAGGGGGAAGACGCUGGGUCACGUGAGGUCCGACGGAGGCCAGGUGACGGCGAUGGGUUCGACUUACGUGGAAGCGGAGACGGAGCUUAACGGCGUGGCGGUGUUCCCUGACGUCAUCCACCUGAUCCGCGACUUGGCUAAGGGCUCCAUCGAGUUUGACACCGUAACGGAGACGAGCGGAAAGCUCGGGAUCAUGUUCCUCCGUUUCCCUUUGAAGGCAAAAGUGGAAUGCGGCAUUUUGGUAAAUACGGUCAAUCAGACAAUUUCUCGCCAAAGUUGCAAACCCGUCUAAAAUCUUAACAAGAGGUUAUAUAAAUGUGAGAUGCUCCAAGCCACAUCACAUGGGGCAUGAAAGUCGGUCCAAGACCAUGCUUCUUGAGAAGCCAGCCUCCUCUGAU